UGCAUUACUUAAACAGAUAAAUGCGAAUAUAAAUCCAUCAACAAUCAAUUCAAAUCGGUAUUUUUUUUAUCAAAUAUAGUAUUAGCGCUUAAUGUGUUUUGAGAUAAUUUAAAAUGAAAUGCCAACGCAUAAUUAUAUGUACAAAUAUUUCUCAGUUAAGCGAAAAGCGAUUAGUUUUAAAUUCAUUAUUAAACUGCGAGAUGUUGAUGUACAAACUACUCUGGAGUUGCAUGGGAUUUGUUAUGUGCACGGCUCAUGUGACUUUCACGAAUUUGAAGUGCACCUUUUUGAAUGAAAGCUUGGGUGAGUUCAAAAUUUGUCGCAUCAGAGCUGUUAAUCGCACACACAAAUAUAUUUCGAUGUAUGCAAAACCCAAAAUCAUACUUGAUGAUAUAACUGGUAAUAUGAAAAUAAUGCGCUUUGAUUAUGGAUAUAAGCCUUUCUUCAUUGACAUAACAAUUGAUGUUUGCAAGUAUCUGAAGAAUCCACAGAAUGUCAUUGUCACGACAUUCUACAACACAUUUAAAAAAAUGUCCAAUAUAAAUCAUACUUGCCCCUAUAAGCAUGAUGUUAUUAUUGAUAAAGUGUGGACUGGAAAUCUCGAAAAUGAUUUCAGCAGAUAUUUACCCAUACCAAAUGGCGACUAUGCAAUCUAUUGCACUUUUAAUGUUUCUAAUGUUGAACUCGUCAAAAUAUUUAUUUAUGUACGAAAAAGUUGAGUUGCAUUUAUCAAUUCAAUACUAACUCACAAAUCUUAUAUUAAUGACAAAAUAUAUUAAAUUCAUUUUAUAAUUAAAGAACUUUAAGUUUAUUUUUGUGCAAUUAACAAGUUAACUUUCCGUGAACAACAUCUAAAUUUGAAUUUGAUUGUUUAUACUAUUUUAUUCAUCAUUUGUAUGUGGUUUUAAAAUAUUGUAUUUUCAUUAUUUGGUUUAUGUGUUGUGAAAGAGCAUGUUUAAAAUAUUUCUGCCAGUUUUUGCCAUAGGAUUUCUAAUGGUGAGUAAGAAUUGGUAUUUGGAGUGUUCUUAAGCUUUAUUUGUUAUAGUCCACGGCUCACGUGACUUUCACAAAUCUCAAGUGCGGCUAUAAGAAUAAAUCCAUAGGACAAUUUCAUCACUGCGAUAUUAAGGCCGUUAAUCGUACCCACAAGUAUGUUUCAGUAUAUGGAAGACACAACAUGAGAAACAUUAAUAAUGCUACAGUAAAUAUAAAGCUAAUGCGUGACAACCAUGGCUAUAAGCCCUACUUCUUUAACUUGACUUUUGAUGGCUGCAAUUAUAUGAAGAAUCAAAAGAAUCCUUUUAUCAAUCUGUUCUACAAACCUUUGAAGGAGACUUCGAGUUUUAAUCACUCUUGUCCCUAUGGUGAAGAAAUCAUUGUGGACAAACUGUGGACUGGAAAUCUUGAGGUAGACUUUCUCAAAUAUUUGCCUAUAUCAAAUGGCAACUAUGCGAUAUUUUUCACCAUUUACGUUUACAAUGUUGAACUAUUUUAUGUGCACAUUUAUUUACAAUUAAUGGAUUAAAUGAAUAA